CGCCUGCGCCAGAACGGCUGCCUCGCUCCCGGAAGUGGAGGGUCCACACUGAGUGCUGCUGGGUCUGAGUGCUCUAAGGCUGUAGCGCUCGCAGAGAUCGCCCGCCGGCCCCCGAUCACCAUGUCGGCCUUCGACACUAACCCCUUCGCGGACCCAGUGGAUGUAAACCCCUUCCAGGAUCCCUCUGUGACCCAGCUGACCAAUGCCCCCCAGGGUGGCCUGGCUGAAUUUAAUCCCUUCUCGGAGACAAAUGCAGCAACAACGGUUCCUGUCUCACAACAUCCUGGGCCCUCGCAGCCAGCAGUUCUCCAGCCCUCAGUAGAGCCUGCACAGCCAACACCCCAGGCUGUUGCAGCUGCAGCGCAGGCAGGCCUGCUUCGGCAGCAGGAAGAAUUAGACAGGAAAGCUGCUGAGCUGGAGCGCAAGGAGCGGGAGUUGCAGAAUACCGCGGCGAACUUACAUGUGAGAGACAACAACUGGCCGCCCCUGCCGUCGUGGUGCCCCGUCAAGCCUUGCUUCUAUCAGGACUUCUCCACAGAGAUCCCUGCUGACUACCAGCGGAUAUGCAAAAUGCUUUACUAUCUCUGGAUGUUGCAUUCAGUGACUCUGUUUUUAAACCUCCUCGCAUGCCUGGCCUGGUUCACAAGUAAUGCCGCUAAUGGAACGGCCUUUGGCCUCUCCAUCCUUUGGUUUGUGAUCUUCACCCCCUGUGCCUUCCUUUGUUGGUACCGACCAAUCUACAAGGCUUUCAGGUCUGACAACUCUUUCAGCUUCUUCGUGUUCUUCUUUGUAUUUUUUUGUCAAAUAGGGAUCUACUUCAUCCAAAUGAUUGGCUUGCCUAACUUGGGGACCAGUGGUUGGCUCGCAGCCCUGUCUACCCUGCAAGGUGGGCACUUACCUGUGUCCAUCAUCAUGAUGGUAGUGGCCGGCUUCUUUACCCUCUGUGCUGGGCUCUCACUUUUCCUCCUGCAGCGGGUGCAUGCCUUCUACCGCCGAACAGGAGCCAGCUUCCAGCAGGCUCAGGAAGAGUUUUCCCAGGGCAUCUUCAGCAACAGAACCUUCCGCAGCGCUGCCUCAUCUGCUGCCCGAGGAACCUUCCAGGGGAAUUAGUCUUCCCGACUCUCCUUCCCUCACCCCAGCCUCUCUGUCACCUGCCUUCUGAGCUGCACUUUCCGUGGGUGCCUUACACAGUAGUUCUGCCCAGCACAGACCUGGCAGGGAUUUUGUCUUGUCCCUGCUCCUUCCUCAGUAGUCAGCUUUCCCUUCCCCAUAAGGGAAGGGGAGGAAGGGACAGGGACAAGGGAAAAGAAAAAAUAACAAAGCUGUCUUCUCUUUUCUGACGGUGGACUUUGUCUGGAAGCAGUGGGACUGCUUCCCCUGGAAACAAAUUCACUCAUGUGCAUGCGUGUUCAUGCCCCCACACGGGAUCAUCGGCAGCCCUGGGCUCACUGCACUAGGAAUUUCCCAGACACCCUGGACUCUUCCCUCUGCAGGCUUGACCUAUAUUGGGGCCUUCACAGUCUUACCUUUCGUGCUUAGGCUUCAUAAGCCUGCCCAGGGCUCCACUUCAAGUGAGCUGUGUUCUGGGCAGGGGCACAGAUGCUCCUCAGAUUGUCUCCAGGUGUUCCUCACAAUAGUCCCUCUCUCUAUGCCUGCUCUGUCCCAUGGUGUAAUAGCCCCUUGUGCCCUCUGGGGGCCCUCACUAGCUCUUCUCAGACUUCUGAGUGGAGUUGCUUGGGACUUGGGAGGGACUGAAGACAGUCAUUCAAGUUGUCCUACCCAGCCUCUGGCAGUCUUCUGAGAGGGUAGGUGUCAUCUGACCUGUUUGUUUUGGCUUCUGACCUCCUGAGGAACUCUGCCCCUCUGCCUUAGCCUUAUUCCUGCCCCACUUUCAGCAAUACUCACCUCUUACAACUCUUAGGGCUGCUGGAGGAAGUUAGCCCAGAACUAUGUCCUGCAGGCAGGACUGCUGAGCCAUCCUUCUGAGGGAUCUCCACUUGUCCUGGGGACUCCACAGCUGUGUCACUACAGUGACACUUAGAUCACUGUUGAAACCUGACCUUGUGUCAGUGAUGCAGGAGUUCACCAAGAUGGCCAGCCUCCUGCCUCUGGGAACUGGGGCCCUCCUGAGGCUACCCUCAUACUGUCAGCCAUUUAUCCCUAGAGCCAUUGAAUGGUAAUGACAGCCACCAGGGUUUUGUAAACUUUCUGGUAUUUUCCUCCAUGUACAAAUGUAUAUGUCAUGUCUCAAUUUUUGUGCUUAAAUAAAAAUAAGAUUUUCGGACA